GCUUUUUACUCUAUUACUUGAAGUGUGACAUCCUAAAGAUAUGAAUACAAACAGAGCAUGCGCUGCUGAGCUGUUUCACUUCCUGUUUAUGCUUCCAGACUGAAGCUGAAACAUCUCUGCUCUAUCCCAUCAACGUAUCACUUCACCACAAGACGAGGGACUGCUUUAUCUGCAAAUGGCCCCCCGGUGGCUGAGCUGCAGUACUGCAGUGGUUCUGCUCAUGCUUCUCAUCACUCCGGCCGUCACACAGUCCUGCAGCCCGGGGAUCCCCGGGAUACCGGGCACCCAUGGGCCCAACGGCAUGGACGGUCUGAAGGGAGAGAAGGGAGACCCUGGUGAGGCAGGUCAGCCUGUCAGGGGCCAGAAGGGGUUCCAAGGUCUUGUGGGCCCCCCAGGACGCCCCGGCAUGAAGGGGGAUGUGGGUCUUCCGGGGUCUCCUGGUAACCCGGGCCGGAUUGGGGAGAAGGGAAGACCAUUCAACCCUUCGAACCAGCAGAAAUCUUUCUUCUCCUACAAACGGGUGAUAGCUCAUCCACCAGAGCUCGACAACACCCUCAACUUCAACAACCAGAUUUUGCCGGACCUCGAUGAGCAGUUUCGUGGAGAGUCGCUGACCAACGGGUCGUUCAUAUGCACCGUCAGUGGGAUCUACUUCUUCAGUUAUCACGUGUCAGCAAAGAGCAGAGUGUGUCUGAAGCUGAUGAAGAACACCGACAUUCACUUGGCGAUGUGUGACACGUCGGAGGGUUUCCUGGUGACCUCGGGCUCGGCGGUGCUGGAGCUGCUGGCCGGAGACUCUGUGUCUCUGCAGCCGACGAGGUACAACAGCAUGGUGACCAGAAUGGACAGCACCAGCCACAUCUUCACCGGCUUCCUGAUCUCCCCCACCGACCCCGCCAUCUGAUCCACAACAUCAUCAUCGUUUAGAAAAUAACAAACUUCUAAUCGGGGACAUUUGCAGCCAUUAAAGGAAAUGUGUGCAAAGAUCAGUAGAGUUAAUAAAGGAUCAAUAGGUGUUGCUUUAAAGAACUCAGUUUUUUGUGUGUGUUUUAGCCCUUAACUACAAAUAAUGUGUGUUUUACGUUAUUGAUUUCCAAUAAACUGCAUUGUAGCUUCCUUUCUUACAGCCAGUCAUAAAAUCAUUCCAUCAUUUCA